GGGUAAAGGGCGGGAUGGCGGGGCGGAGGGAGCGAUGGAUCCGGCGGGUGGACGGAGAGGCUCCGGAAACAUGUGUAAACCGCAAACCACGGAAAUAAACUGACCGGUUCCCCCUUCCCCCAUUUACACCGAGCGGGGCCGUAACUCCCAGAUCAAUGAAGAGCCGGUUUGUAUCAGGUUGGACAUUGGUUCCAGAGGCUGGUCCCUGGUCUCCAGCGUCGGUUCUUUAUAAUUGAAAUACAGACAGAGGCCGUUCAGCCCGCCCUGCCUGUGCUGUCUCUUUACAAGCGCAAAUCAGCUGGUCCCACCCCCCUGCCCUUCACUAACAAGACCAGAAGCAGAUAUUACCCAUCCCCAGUUACCUGUGGAGAAUAUGAUGUUUGACCUUCUUGAACUGCUGUAGUCCGUGUGGUGAAGAUGCUCCAACAAUGAUGUGAGGGUAUUAGAAAGUGACGAUUUUCAGUUGAAAACUGAAACCAGACGUCACACCAGGAUUUGACAGGGUCACCCAAUUUAUCAUAAAUAUCAUCAGAAUUUGAUCAUGGAAGGAAACAGCGGGGAGAAACUGUACACGUGUUCUGUGUGUGGGCAAAGCUUCAACCAAUCAUCUAACCUGUCAAAACAUAAAUGCCGCCACAACAGGGAGAAACCGUGGAAAUGUGGCGAUUGUGGGAAGGGAUUUAAUUACCCAUCAGAACUGGAAACUCAUCAGCGCACUCACACGGGAGAGAGGCCAUUCACCUGCUCUGCGUGUGGGAAGGGGUUCACUAAGUCAUCCACUCUACUGACACACCAGCGAGUUCACACUGGGGAGAGGCCAUUCACCUGCUCUGUAUGUGGGUUGGGAUUCACUCAGUCAUCCACUCUGCGGACACACCAUCGAGUUCACACUAGGGAGAGACCAUUCACCUGCUCUGUGUGUGGGAUGGGAUUCACUCACUUAUCCACCCUGCGGACACACCAUCGAGUUCACACUAGGGAGAGACCGUUCACCUGUUGUGUGUGUGGAAAGGGAUUCAUUAAUUCAUCCAACCUGAUGACACACCAAAGAGUUCACACUGACGAGAGACCUUUUAAAUGUCUGGACUGCGGGAAGUGUUAUAAAACUUCUCAGGAACUGAUGUACCAUCAGCAAGUUCACACUGACGAGAGACCGUUCAGAUGCUCUCAUUGUGGGACUGGGUUCAGACGAUCAUCUCACCUCGCUGUACACCAGCGCACUCACACUGGAGAGAGACCAUUCACCUGCUCUGACUGUGGUGAGGAAUUCACUCAGUCAUACACCCUGCUGAGACACCAACGAGUUCACACUGGAGAGAGGCCAUUCAUCUGCUCUGAGUGUGGGAAGCGUUUCACUCAGUCAUCUGCAUUGCUUAGACACCAGCGAGUUCACAGUGGGGAGAGGCUGUUCACCUGCUCCAAUUGUGGGAAGAGAUUCACUCAGUCAUCCAACCUGCUGAGACACCAGCGAGUUCACACUGGGGAGAAGCCGUUCACCUGCUCUGAGUGUGGAAAGGGAUUCACUCAAUCAUCUAACCUGCUGAGACACCAGCGAGCUCACAAGUUACAACAGUGAUUGGAUUUUGCUGGUAAUCACAUUGAGGACUGAACUGUAUUUAUUGGGUCUGUUAAUAGAUUUCACCCUAGUUAUGGAGGCUAAUAUUCUGAACAAAAAUCAAGUUUGUUUUCUUUGUGAUAACCACACUGUGUAAUAUCUUUUUAGUAUCUCUGAAACAAGUUAGUUCCUUUUGAAGUGCUCUCCCUCUCCCCCGUCUCCUCCAACAACAAGUGUGAGGUUCUCAAGGAGCUUCUUUGUCACUAAGAUUGAGACAAUCUGAUCAGCUGCUUCCCUCCCUUUCAUUAGCCCACUGGGUCAUUCCGUCUUUAAACUUCCCCCUUGUCUAAACUCACAUCUUUCUCUGGUUUCUCUCCUCUCUCCCAUCAUACCCCCUCAUUGCUCACCUUGUCCAUGAGACCUGCCAUCUUCUCCCUUUACUCUUUCCCCACUUAAAGCACUGAUCACCCAACUUCCCUACAUUAUCUGAUAUUGUUAAUGGCUCUGUCUCUCUUCUGAUACUGUCCCUCUCCCCUUUAAAUUCACCCUCAUCAUCCACCCCAAAAAACCUUUGACUCCACUGUCUUUGCAAACAUUACCACCCCAUCUCCAAUCUCCCUUUCCUCUCCAAAGUCCUUGAAGUUGGUGUUCCCUAAGGAUCUAUCCUUGGCCCCCCUAUUUCUCAUCUAGAUGCUGCCACUAGGCGACAUCAUCCAAUAGCACCAUGUUAGUUUUCACAUGUACACUGACAACGCCCAGCUCUACCUCACCACCAUCCCUCUCCAUUCCUCCACUGUUACUAAAUUAUCAAACUGCUUAUCCAACAUCCCGUACUGGAUGAGCAAAAAUUUCCUCCAAUUAAAAAUUGGGAAGACCAAAGCCAUUGUCUUCGGUCACCAGGACAAAUUCUGAUCCCGAACUACCGAGUCCAUCCCUCUCCCUGGGAACUGUCUGAGGCUGAACCACAUUGUCCAUAAUUUUAGUGUCACAUUUGACCCCAAGAUGAGCUACUGACCACAUAUCCACACCAUCACAAAUACCAGAUAUUUCAAUCUCCAAAACAUCUCCUGUCUUCACCCCACCCCAGCUCAUCUGCUGCUGAAACCCUCAUAUACGUCCGUGUUACCUUUAGACCUGACGAUUCCAAUACAUUUCUGACCAGCCUCUCACAUUCACCCUGCCGCAACACGGAAACAUGAGAUUAUCCAAAACUCUGCUGCCCAUGUGCUUUCUCACAUCAUGUCGCAUUCACCCAUCACCCCUGUGCUCACUGACCUACAUUGGCUCCUGGUCAAGCAAUGCCUUGACUUUAAAAUUUACAUCCUUGUUUUCAAAUUCCUCCAUUGCCCUUUCUCUCCCUAUCUCUGUAAUCUCCAGUUUCACACAUCCUGUGAGAUAUCUGCACCCUUCUCAUUCUAGUCUCUUGAACAUCCCUGAUUUUAAUUACUCCCCCAAUGGUGCCUGUGCCCAUGCAUGAAACUCUGAAAUUCCCUCCUUAAACCUUUCUACCCCUCUAGCUCUCUCUCCUGAUUAAAAAUGCUUGUUAAAAUCUGCCUCUCCAAUCAGCUUUUGGACAUCUGUUCAAAUAAAGACCAAUGUGAC